AGUACGUGGAUGGAGAGUCGUGCAGCGUGCACCAUGUUGUAUCACCUGUUGCUGCAGACAGUAAAGACACAACAGUCAGCAGGUGUAUCACCCGGUCAGCCUCACCUCCUGCUGUAUGACCUUUAUGACGGUGACGACGUGGAGAAGGCCGUCAACGACUUGUCACAGGCGGCGAGCGGAGGGUCGUUGUACGUCAUCGCUGAUGAAGUAGGGAGUAAGCGGAGAAUCAGAAUCUUCCAGACUUUGUGUGAGUUGCUGCUGACACGAGUUCCUCGUCUCCAUCUGUGGGCGGCAAGUUGUUUCCAUGGAGACGAACCCGCUUGCUGGCAAGAGGAAUAUUUAACAAGACCCCUCCGCUCUCCUCCGGCCGUCGUCAGGGAAGUCGAGCAGGACGCGAGGAUCGCUACACACCGUGAUGUACUGCAGUACAGAGAGCGAGGUGUGCCCGACCACACAGACGGCCCGCCAGUCACACGACUGUCCCACCGAGGUCAGCAUCACUCAGGUUACACGCCAGGUGGCUGUGUGACGUGCGGUCGUGUGGUGGCCAGCUUCCUACACAGUCUCCGUGUUGGUGUUACAGGGAGAAGCACAACAACAUCUACAACAUUGACCUCUACCAGUGGCGGCACAACACCACCCUGUCUACAGUGGAGAGACGUGCUGGUGUUGUACAGGGAUGACGAUAGUGAUCAGUCGGGUAUGGUCACAGGACUGCAAGAAGCAGGUAUCCCAGUGCGGGUGAUGGAAGAUGAUGACAUUGAGGACGUGGCCACGGCCCGCAGUGACGUGGUGUGGGUGGCGCGUGGACAUCGUGUUGGUGGUCUGGAGAGAAAAGUCGUCGUCUGUCUUCAUUACGGAUUUUUUAGAUCUAAGAUGUCACAACGCUUCAACUUUAUCAGUGCCUAUUCCUCUGACCGACUUUACCUCAUGUCCCGCUGUACGUCACAACUUGUGAUUGUCUCCCCUGACGACAAGCCGCUAGAAGGUGACUGACACUGACACUGACACUGACACACCUGUCACCUGCUGUAGUCGUGUGUCAGUC